CACCGUCACCGUCGUUUUCCAGUAGUUCAGCUGAGGUUUGGUUGUAACUCUUUCAUUAAAGAAGCAAAACCAUGUAAAAAGUAAAAAUGUCCAGCAUGAAGAGAUCUGGCUGGAGGCUCGUUCAGGCAGAAUUACCUUCGGGACUUUGGAGCUGGGGAGGAAAGAAAUACAGUUUCUUCCUAUUCCAGAAGCUGUGACAAACUGUAGCCAUUUCUGAGAUUCUGCCUAGGAAUUCCAAAUCCUUUUUGCCUUUCAAUUUAAAUUCUUUUUCCUUCUAAUUGCUGGGGAUCAUAGGGCUCUUUGGAGAUAUAAGAGAUUAUGAAACUACUCAGCACAUGUCAGAGGAGUUUAACUUCCAAUGCAAAGCAAUUGUUUAAACUUAAAUUUAACCCCGUGUUGCACCCUCUGGGGCUGCUGAUGCUGCACGCAGGAUGUUUGCCAAGUGGUGUCUCAGUUUGAACUGUACAGGGCAAUCCAGCCAUUCCCGAGUCAUCAAACCAGUGAAAGCAGGGAAUAUUUAUCUAUUAGAAACUACGCGUUUUGGCAAGGAUGUUUACAGCCUGUCCAAGGUCCACUGGAAUAAAGAGGAAAACUCUCACUGAUGAUGACUCAUGUCCGUGGGCUUUGGACCAGUGCACGGUGUUGGAAAUGUGCUUUGCCAAGUGGAACUCUGCCACGGGAUUUCACAAAUAAAUUCUUCACCAAGCCCACGACUGCUGUGAGUUCUCCACGUGUCCUUAUGGACAGGCUCCAUCCAUGGCAGGGCUUCAGGCGUGUCUGAGCCACUGCCUGCUGGCUCACAGGCUUGAGCUCUGAAAGGAUGGGGACCCGCUGCCCAGCGCCAUGAGGACGAACCGCUGCAGCCACCUGCCCGGAGUGUCCCCAGAGUGCCCACGCCCUCCAGCCCCCGAUGGCAAGAGCCUGCCCGGCAGCAGUGGGGGCCUGGCCACCAGCUGUCCCCCCCAGUAUGUCAUGCAGGUGUCCUCCAAGGAUGGGCAGCUGCUCUCGUCCGUCGUGCGCACCCUCGCCGUGCAGAGCAGCCCCUUCAAUGACCGGCCCAUCUGCAGGAUCUGCCACGAGGGCAGCAGCCACGAGGAGCUGCUGUCCCCCUGCGAGUGCACGGGGACCCUGGGCACCAUCCACCGCAGCUGCCUGGAGCACUGGCUGUCCUCCUCCAACACCAGCUACUGCGAGCUCUGCCACUUCAGGUUUGCGGUGGAACGCAAGCCCAGGCCACUGGUGGAGUGGCUGAGGAACCCAGGCCCUCAGCACGAGAAGAGGACUCUCUUUGGGGACAUGGUGUGCUUCUUGUUCAUCACCCCGCUGGCCACCGUGUCUGGCUGGCUGUGCCUGCGGGGAGCCGUGGACCACCUGCACUUUAGCAGUAGGCUGGAAGCUGUCGGCCUCAUUGCACUCACUGUGGCACUCUUCACUAUUUACCUCUUUUGGACCCUGGUGUCCUUCAGGUACCACUGCCGGCUGUACCACGAGUGGCGUCGGAACAAUCAGCGGGUGAUGCUGCUCAUCCCAAAAUCUGCACCCAUCCCCUCCACCCAGCAGUCCCUGCUGGGCCUGCAGCCCCUCAAAAGGAGCUCCAAGGAGACAAUCGUGUGAUUUGGGGUGGAGCUGUGCACUGAAGAUGCUUUUUUUUUUUGUCUCAGACUCGUUGGGGUCGGGCAGCGUCCAACACCCAGGAAUGUGCAAUUUGAAUUUACAGACUGACUGCAGAGGGAUAAAUCACAGUCAGAACUCAAGUUCAUGGAUGCUGCAGUUAAUUUGUGGUGUUUGCUAAGCUGCCAAACGUGUUUAGUUAGCAGGGACCCUAUGGAUUCUGCAAAUAUGUUAAUUGUUGCAUCAUCGAGUGAUGCAAACUUUUUUUAUUAUUUAGAGUAUUAAACUAUGGUAAUUAACAAUGCAAAACAGGUUGCUUUGUUUUUAUGAUUUUUUGUUCCUACAGUACUGUUUCUUUAGGCAGCUGGAGAGUAACCAAUAUUUAUUUCUGCUUCCUAAAGCACAGCAAUGGCAUUUCCUCAUAUGAUUUUAUCUGCAGGUCCAUUAUACCAAUGUUUUGAUUAUUAAAAUUUGUGUGCAAUGAGCUCUACAAAUCGGCACGUUAUUUAAAUGCUACAAAGUGAUUAGAAAAUUGUAUUACCCAUUUCCUAUUUGGCAGGGAAGGUCCAAUAGGAAGAUUCUUCUGUUAUGAAUCUAGCAUGCACAAGAGAAAAAUUAGACAAAUUGCAGUAAUCUUCCUAUCAAAAGUAUUAUAGUACAUAGCACUCAGGAAAAAAAACCCCAUACUUUUCCAAGAAGAAGCACCACAUUCUUCAGUGGAGUGCACAUUCUGCUGGUAUGAAUUCAAACUUAGCCAAUUUAUCCUGCAUUUACACCAGGCUGAAUUUAACUCUACGGCUUACUUUUGUAUAGGGAAAGCUCUGCAUACAUAAUGAAUGAGAUCACCAGAUAAGUUUUAGGAAGCAGGGACUCAUCUUGCAUGAAGAACAGCAUUAUUUUAAAGCAGCAGAAGCUCUAGCUUGAGAGGUAGGAUUUGUCAGAGCAUGUGCAAAACCUGAGCUCUCAUGGUAGCACUGAGACA